AUGUUUUUUCACAUAAAGAGACAUAAAAAGCAUUUAUUUAUUUAUUACAAAAACUUUUGUCGAUAUGAGUCCGUGUUUAACAAUAGUCCGAAGAUCAGGAUUACAGAGCAAUUCAAUCAUUCAUAUCUUCCACCACUGCUGAAGAAUAUCGAGAAAGAGUGGAAGCCUUUUGUGGACAACUUCUGGAGCAAUGUUGCGGCCAAUAGUUCAUCUGCGAAGACAUGCCGAUACGUGUUGGCAAUGUUUCCCUAUCCGAGCGGUUCCUUACAUUUAGGUCACGUUCGGAUUUACACCACUUCGGACGUGAUUUACCGAAUGAGUCAUCUUCGGGGGUAUCCAUCCAUACAUCCCAUGGGUUUUGAUUCGUUUGGUUUGCCCGCAGAAAACGCGGCGAAAAUGCAUUCAAUUGCUGCCAAUGUUUGGACCGAAAGUAAUAUCAAUCAAAUGAGAGACCAAUUGAAUGAAAUGGGGUUUCAAUUCAAUUGGAGAGAGAGUACUAGCGAUGAGUCCUUCUAUAAGUGGACGCAAUGGCUGUUCAUUCAGUUAUACAAAUCAGGUCUCGCCUACAAAGGCAUGGGUUUUGUCAAUUGGGAUCCAAUCGAUGCCACAGUUUUAGCCGAUGAACAGGUGGACAGUGAGGGUAGGAGUUGGAGGAGUGGCGCAAAAGUGGAGAAGAGAUGUCAUAAGCAGUGGUUAUACACCAAAUGUCCCAAAUGUGGCUCAAAUGAUGCAAUGAGAGAGACUGAGACAUGCGAUACAUUUUUCGACUCUUCGUGGUAUUUCUUGAGAUACGCUUCUCAACCGCUGUCCAACAAACCGUUUGAAUCGACAGCAGUUAUGCCUACCUUUUGUUACGUCGGCGGCAAAGAACACGCGGCUCUACAUCUCCUUUACGCCAGAUUUAUAACCCAUUUUCUCCAUCAGAGAGGGUUUUGUCACUUCAGAGAACCCUUUCAGAGAUUAUUAAUGCAGUCUAUAGUUAAGGGAAGGACUUAUAAAAUUGACGGCAAAUAUAUCAGCGAAGAAGAGGCCAAACAACACGAGAAAGUUGUCGUCGAGUACGAGAAGAUGUCUAAAUCCAAGGGCAAUGGUGUGAAUCCGCAGCAAUUGGUUGACAAAUAUGGAUGCGAUGCCACGCGAUGGACACUCAUAGCUGACGGAACCACUGAUAAGGAGAGGUUUUGGGACACAGAGGAGAUAGAGUUCGCUCCGACUCUUGUAUUUCUUCACAGAGUUCUGUUGACUGUCGAAGAGUUUCGCGACAUUAGAAGCGGCAAAAUAGUGAUCAACGGACAUCCAGUGAAACACUUGGAUACAGAAACCGUGGAAACAGCAAAACAAGAGUUAUUGCGAUCAAGAAAUUUCACGACCGAUAAAGUGGUCUUUAAUACUGAAUACAACUACAAACUGAAGAACUCGACGAUAGCUGUUCACCAACUCAUCAAUUCUUUGAGAAAGUAUUUCCGAACAAAUGUCGUCAAUACACGUGAAUACGAGAGAUGUUUGGCAGCACUUCUUAUUAUUAUCUCUCCGUUUGUUCCACACUUUUCAGUCGAGUGUUGGAGUGGAUUCACAUCUCAUGCGAUCGGUUCCCAUGAAUAUGAUAUCACUAAAUCUGUUUUCGAGCAAAAGUGGCCCACAAUUGAUGACCAGUCGUUUGAACAUAAGAUUCAAUUCACUUAUCGCGACAAAAGUGGUAAAUCAGUGGACAGCCAUAGCAUUAAAGUCACUCGAAGUUCACUGAAGAAUUGGACGGAAAGUGAUGUCAAAGCAGUGAUUGAUGUGAAAGAAGAGGACAUCGAGAAGAUUGAGAUCAUUAAAGAUGUUGUGGUUGUCGUGCGACUCAAGAAUAAGAGACAAAACGAAGCCAAAGAGGAAGCAAUCAUUUGAAUAUAAAACGAGAGUUUAAUUACUGUAUAAUGAAUGCCAUAAUUGUUUAAUAAUACAAAUGAUUAGUCAAAGAAUUGGUGAUUCAGACAAUGGGUUCACAUUUGAAUUCUUCUCUUCUGUGUACUUAUAUAUAGG